UUGUUCUAUUACUUGAUUUAACGUUAAAAUAUGGUGUUCUUUAUCGAAAAGUCAAAGGAGAUGGUUUAGUGCGAAAACUAAGUGAUGAUUACAAAAGUGUAAUUUCUCACAACGCAAAGGGUGCUUGUGAAUUAAUAUAUAUUCAUAGUGACGUGGCCUUAUCAAUCAAACCCAUCAAUAGGAACUGUUAUUUUAUCCUAUCAAAUAAUCUCAAUUGAGCUCCGUGAUUAAUAUUAAUUGGUUUAAUUUAUCAUUCUUAAUGAUGGCUCCUAACGAUCCCCAAAGAUAUUAAACAAUAACUAAGAUAAAAUAGUGAAGUAAUUAAUUGUUUCAAGGAUUAAAAAUGGAUUUUAAAAGGGUAAAGAUAAAAGAAGAAAAUGAUAUAAGCAUAAGAAACGAUGAUAAAGAAAAAAAAAUCGGUUGUUGGGCUAAAUUUAAAAGUCUAUUCGAGGAAAGAGGCUUUGAUUUAGAGUUCGAGUAUAAUGGUACGGCUUCAGUGAAUAUUAUAAGAGAAAAUCCAAAUGAAAACGAAGGAUACAGAAAGCUCGAUGAAAGAAAUUCAAUAGUUAAAAAACCUGAAGAAAUUGUUAACAUUGACGGUGAGUUAUCAGGGGUUAUCAAUUUUUAUGAACAAUUUGCUACUUUAAACGAUGAUCCGAAAGAAGAAGUAUUUGAUACAAAGAGACGGUCGAAUAUUCGUCAUAGAGUAUCGAUGAGACCAAGUAUGUUAUUAACUAAUAUUGUAGAAGAAACCGGGGAAUUCGAAGUAGAGGAGGAAGACGAGAACAGGUCGCCGCCGCCUUCGCACAUCCCCGCCGCCCUUUUCUACGCCCCACCAGAACCAUUAGAGCUACUAUGCGUGUUCCCGGAGCGUGCGUCGCGCGUCUGCGCCGCCGCCUGCAACGCGGCCGCACGUGCGGGCGGCGAAUCACGCGCGGUGCGCGGGCCGAGAGAGGCUCUGGACGCGUUCCGACGCGACGCAGACGCACGAAUACCUCAUGUCGUCGUUAUUGAUGCGCGACAGCCACAAUUAAUGGAUCCAACAUUAUUAGCAAGAGCUAUUCGGGGGAUGAAAAACACUCAACACGUCAUUCUCAUUGCCGUCGUGAAAAAGAGCGCAUACCUCAAGGAUGACUUCGCUGUUAUACCGUAUCUGGAGGCCGGUUUCAACAGGGUAAUGGUAGAAACAUUAGGUGCAACAGCUUGGUGUGCUGAAAUGUUGCAAGCUCGUGCAGCCGCCGCUACUACGCGGGCCCAUGUCGGUGCCGUCGCGGCGCUGACGGCGGCAACGGAUCGCUGUCGAGACCUUGUUGCCGUCACCGAUGACCAACAGCGAAUACUGCUCACAAAUAAAUCGUGGUGCCGAGUUGUUGGCUGGAGACCAGAAGAAGCUCCGAGACCUUUGACAGAAGCGGUAAGCGGUGAGGCCCUGCGGUUGGCAGCUAGUGGGGUCCGUGAUUGGGAAGCACCUGUAUUAAUACGGAGACGUGCAGCUCCCGAUCCAGUGCUGCUUCCGUGCCGAGGAUCAUCUGUAACUUUAAACAAGAACACUUCACACGUCGUGUUUGUUUGUGAACCUAGCAAUGCUAUGGACUGUGAACGGGCCCGUGGCUCGCUGCAUUCUAUUCGACGAGGAUCGUUGGAUGUCCGCUCUGUAGCAUCUGAUGGACUGCGUCGUACAUCAUUGGCUAAACUGCAGGGAUUACCACUGGAAGCACCAAUUACGAAGGUUAUUUCCCUCCUGUCGGCGGCAACAGACGGCGCUCCACCUUCGACCAUCGCUUGCAUAGAUCGUGCCGUUGACAUGUUACGCACGUCGGAGCUGUACUCCCCGCAGAUGAGGGAAGACCCCAAAAUGAGGGCCGAAGAUCCUAUUGCAACUGACCUUAUUGGGGCUUUGCUGUCGCGGGAGCAAGUGAACUCAAACCUUUUUUAUAUGCAAGGUGCGACAAACGUCCUGUCGUCACGUAGGAGUAGUAACGACUCCACGGUCGUUAGAUCUCAAGCCAACAGGACUAAUAUGAAACAUAAAACAACAGGUCAACUACGCGAAGUUCUAGACACAGCUAUGAGCUGGGAGUUCGAGAUCUUCCGCCUCGAGGACUUGACCCGUGGUCGGCCGCUCACGCACCUCGGACUUACUCUAAUGGGUGGCCGCUUUGACGUUUGUUCGACGUUAGAAUGCGACGAACGAACUCUCUUACACUGGCUGACGGUUAUUGAGACGAACUACCACGCUGUCAACACCUAUCAUAAUUCUACACACGCAGCUGAUGUAUUGCAGGCCGUAGCAUUCUUCAUGGAGAAGGAGCGUCUAAAGAUGUUGCUAGAGCCAUUAGAAGCUGCUGCAGCGCUCAUCUCAGCCGCGGCUCAUGAUAUUGAUCAUCCUGGAACAUCUUCUGCAUUCCUUUGCAACUCUCGACACUCACUUGCGAUCCUCUACAAUGAUGUCAGCGUACUGGAGUCUCACCACGCUGCCCUUACCUUCAAACUUACCCUCAAUGACGAUCGCGUGAACAUAUUCAAGAAUCUCGACCGCGACACAUACAAGUCGGUGCGGCACAACGUCAUCGACAUGAUACUCGCCACGGAGAUGACCAAGCACUUCGAACAUCUCGCUAAGUUCGUCAACGUGUUCUAUGCCAAAUCCAACGGCAGCAAGGAGGAUAACAUGAACACUGAUGAGCCUCUGUCAUUGGAUACAACAGCCUUGACCUCGCCAGAGAACGUCGUUCUAAUAAAGAGAAUGAUGAUCAAAUGUGCUGACGUGUCGAAUGCUUCAAGACCACAAAAGUUCGCCUUUGAAUGGGCUAGGAGGAUCGCAGAGGAGUACUUCUUGCAGACUGACGAAGAGAAGGCAAAGGAGCUGCCGGUCGUGAUGCCGAUGUUCGACCGCGCGACUUGCUCCAUACCUCGUUCACAGAUCGGUUUCAUCGACUACAUCAUUAUUGACAUGAUGGAAGCUUGGGCUGCGUUCAUUGAUAUGCCUGAACUGGUCAAUCACGCGAGAAAUAAUCACCAACGUUGGAGGGAACUUGACGAAGCUGGUGUGACAACAAUUGCUGAUGUAAAGCGAGCACAACGUCAAAACGCCAUACAAUCAGCACCAAACUCAACCUCUCAACCCACCGCUGAAGAGUGAAUUCCAAGAACAGAUAAUAUUAUCCAUAAAUGUUGGAUAAAAUACAUAUUAACUAAUCGCGACAUUUGUAUACAAAGUGCGGAACGUCGUAACGUAAUAUAACUCGAUCAAACUACUAGUAAAUGAUCAAAGAAAACCUAACAGCUUUUUUUGUACACAUUUUAAAGAGCCUAUUAAUUUUGUUGCAAGUAAUAUACAGGACUUUUAUAUCAAUGCCAGUUAAAUAUUAAAGCACAAACUUUUUAAAAGACCAUAGGUAAUCUGGAACUAAUUAGUUUUGAACUGUUUAUAACUAGUACCAAACCGUACCAAAUCAAAAAUCAAAACUGUAAACAAUAUUCAAGAAAAAAUAUUAAUAAACUUUAUUUUAGAUACUUAACUAACUAAUUAUUAGAAAAUGUAUCUUUUAUUAUAAAAAUGACUGGCCCUAUUCAAAUUGAUUGAACCUAUGUAUAAAAUAAAUACUACAAAUUGUAUUUAGUAAAUCAUUUCAAACAUAGUUGCCAAAGUAUCUUAAUUUAAAUGGGGCCAAAGUAAUGCAACCAUCAUGGUGUGUUCAUCACUGAUUUGGGUAAAUAUACAAAUAAAAAAAAUCGGAUAUGACAACUAUGGAUGUUUAAAAUCUUCCUUUGAAAGCAUUUGGAUGUAAAAAAAAAUUAAAAGUCUGAAACGGAUCAUCGGCGCAAAGCCUAAUCGGAUGUGUCCGAAAAUACGCUUAUUUUAUACCUAUACCCGUGUUUGUGUGGGUAUUAAAUUGUAUUGUUACUAUCUACUUAAGUAGCAGUAGAUAUGAUAUCAAUGUGUUUAUUAGUUCGUUUCAUUAAUACAUGUAUGAAUUUAUCUUCGUAUGAUAUCCAAUAUAUAGGAUGUUAAUUUCUGUAUUGCAGUUGCCAUUUAGACGGGUAUUAAAUUUGUUGUGUAGAUAAAUACGUAAUAUAAAAAUCCGUGAUAGCGUGCCAUAUAAGUAGUUGGCAAACUGUCAUUUUAUCUUUUUUUUUCACUGCAUGCCAUGACACCAUCACCUUCCCAACAUUUAACUGAAAUAGCAGUCUAGAGAAUAUAUAGUGCAAAUAUUAUAACAGUACGGCUUUUACACAUUACAACCGCAUAGAAUUAAUAAAAAAUAUAUAAGAAUUCUUAUUAAUCUAUUAUUAUCAAUAAAUGGAAACAUAAUGCUAGGCUAUCUACAUUGUCGUACUGUUCCUACAUACCUAGAACUAUAAAAUUACAACAAAUUUAUAAAUUGCAACUUCAGAGCGGCAAAGUUAAAAUGUUUGCACUAUUAAUAUAUUUAUAUCUCAUUAUAUACCCUUUAAUCAAAUAUGUAGCGGUAGAAAAUCAAAAACUCUAAAUAUAAAAUUGGUCCACAUAUACACUUGAGCUUUGAGAAAAUUCCUAUUUUUAUAUAUAACUUUUAUAAUACCUUAUACACCGAAACCUUUCGGUUUUUAUCAUAUCAAAAUUUCAAAUUUUCGAACGUUUUAACAAACUUUUCUAUAUCUGAAAGUGUACACUGUCGUUUCGUUUCAUUUCACGGACAAGUGUGUUUACAUAACUUUUAUAAUGAAAUUUAAACAGUUGUUAUUUAUAACCUACUUAAUUAUACUUUGAUCGCUUAAACAUUUCGUGUUACUAUUAAUAUAAUUUAUUAUAAUCAAAUAAGGUUUAAACGUGUUUAUACUAAUUAUUAUUAUAAAGUAGAGAUUUAUUCGUCUAUAUGACGCUGGUAUUCUAAGUAAUUUAUACCCAUUGUAUAGCUAAUAAAUACAAAAAUAAAGGUUAUAAUGUUACGCUUCCUUGUGCUCAAUGUCAAUACAUAACGGUCUAAAUAAAUGGACAUAGAUUUAAACGUUUAACUUAUAAAGUAAUUAUAUAUCUGUGUAAAGUUUUAUCCCUCUUAAAUUAUUUAAAUGUAGAUCGUGGUGUUAAAUCUCAUAUUAUUGAUUAUAUCUAACAUAUACCAAAUGUAGGCUCGUAUUAUGCCUAAUAACAAAGUACAUACAUGUAUGUCAUAUUAUGUCAAAUCUUAAAUAAAUUGUUAGACUUAAUUUAAUUACUAAAUUAUUCUACUAGUUAGCUCAAUUUAUUUGAAGACGUAAUGAAAUAAAUCAAUAUGGUUUAGGAAUAUUCUAAUAGAUUUUCUCCUUUACAUACAUUAAAAUAAAGGAAGUAAUCUCAGAUUUGUUGCAGAUUUUCUAGUUACAAAAAUAAUAUUCGUUUAAUAUUAUAAUAUAUAAUAUUGGAAUGUUUAAACAGGAGCCUCAGUUAACUUAUGAAAUAAUUAAAUUUAAUAAAUUCGAGGAGACCAUAGACAAAUCAAGUAUAAUGCAAUUUUAUUUACACUAUCAGCAACUGUAUAAUUUUAAAAAUAUUUAUUUGAACAUAACUUUUACUUAAAUAAUAACGCCUAAUAUUAAUUAAUAUUUUACUUUGUGUUAUCGUAAGUUGGACGUUUGAAAAUUAUAUAAAGAGACGGGGGCUGGUCCCCAUGUGUUUGAGGAGUUAUAAUAUUGUUGUGAAUUUUAUAUGCAAAUACAAUAUGCGCUAUAAAUAUAUCAGAGUUAUUGAUGUUAUUACGACGUACGAAGUAAUUAAACUUCGAAGAUUAAUCUCUGUGAAUAAAUAGUGUUGUUCCAUCGAGUAACAAUGUUUAUUUCUGUUUAAAAAAUGUGUAAGAAUUUUAUAAACUAAACAAUUUCAGUAUUUAAACAUAUUAUAUAGCUUAAGCCUUAACCGUUUCGGUAACGAGUUCAAAAACGGUUAGUUUUUUGCGUUAUAAUAUGUUAUGGCUAAUCUUAUGACUUGAUACAUUGUAUUAACAAUACUCAAAAUCAAAAAUGAAGAUUUUAAAAAGAAACUGUUUGUUUCAUGCUUCUUGUAACUAUAUUAGUUAUCUGUGUAAUGUUAAUAUACCAAUGAAAAAAUUCUUUAGAUAAUUGUAAUGGCUAAUUUAUUAUCUGUGUGUCAAUAAAAUAAGAACUUAGACGAAUGAUCCACAUGAAUUUUCCGUAAGUGUCCUGUUAACAUGAAUGACAUUGUUAAGUGUUGUGUAAAUAAAGAAAAAACUUA